AUGCUCCGGAGUGAGAAGUGGAUCCAGGAACCGCCACAGUGUAGACGCCUGCCACACGCCUCCAGGCUCCCAGCCGCUGCAGCCAGGAUGGCCCAGGCCCCCGGGGACCCUGAUGAAAGAGACCUUGAGCAGAGGAUCCUGCAGAUGCUGAGGGACACUCGCUCCCCCAUGAAGGCUUUCCAGUUGGCAAAGGAAUGCCAAGUGCCCAAGAAAAAACUCAACCAAGUCCUCUACCGGAUGAAGGAAGAGUCCAAAGUCUCCCUGGAAGGCCAGGCGACAUGGGGCCUGGGCAAGGGCAGGACUGAAGAAGUGGAGCCCACAGAGCUGGCCCAGCCCAGCCAGGAGGAAGACAUCUACAGGAUUCUGGAAGCCCAUGGGCCCUGUAAGGCCCUGACCAUCUCCCAGAAGCUGGGAAGGAAGACAGCAAAAGAAGUCAACCCAGACUUGUACGCUAUGAGGAGGAAGCAUCUUGUGGAUUUCGAUGAGAAGUCAAGUAUAUGGGCAAUUUAUCAACCAGGUAGAGGAAGAAAUCCGGCCACUGAGAUUAUUUGCCAGAAAAAUGAAAUCAACAUCAUCUAUCAGAAUGGACCAAAUAACCACAUUUCCAUUGACAACUCUGAAGCCAUCCAGAUUGGACAUGGGAAUGUCAUCAUGAGACAGGCGGCCUCUGGAGAGAAUAGCUCCAUGGCUCCCCUCCACCUCCCCCCAGUGGCGCCAGCUGAUCCCUCAACUCAGAGUUCCCCGGCUGCAGCCUGGGGACCCCAGGACAUCCACUUGGAGAAGUCUGUGCUCAGACAGGUACAGGUGGGACAUGGCAACAAGAUGAACCUCAACGGUGCCCAGGCCAGAGGCCCUGCAGCCCAGAGCCCCUUGGGCAGCCCCCCGGGCAGCCCCCCAGUCUCUGCCACCACUGAAGGCCCAGGAGCUUCGUUCGAAAUUCGAAUGCCCCAACCAGGAUCUUCCUCCAAGGAGGAGGUGGCCCAGAGAGUCCGUAUCAGAUCAUGCUUCCUUGAGGACACUGUCAUCGGCAACAGCAACAGAAUGACUGUCAGCUCAGAGACAGCUGGUCCAGGAGGAGUUGCAAAGCCUGAGGAUGGCAGGAGGGACCCUGCGGAGCCAAGCAAGGUUGGAGGUGCAGCGCCUGGAAGCCAGUUCCCUCACGACCGUGACCAGGACUCCCCCAGCAAUGAUGGCAUCUUGACCUUCAUCUCCCGCCUAGAAGCUGUGACUCUUGAAAGCAGGGAUCCCCGAACUGCGGAAGACACAGUGGCCGGGUGGACAGAACCCCAGACGUGGACUCCCAGCAGCAGCUCGGUGCUACUCAGCCAGCAGGUCUCAGCUGAGACGUGGCCUCAUCCAGGAAACCUUGCCAGGCUCUCGCCCAGCCUGUGUCUCUGCCCCUGA